AUGGAAAUUUCAUACCAAUACACUAAGAAACGUUGUGACUUCGGACGCCAGGCACUGUUCUGUGAACAAGGCCCGGAGCUGUGUGACAGCAUCUCUACCAACGUCGCUGAACACAAGCACUACAUCCUCCGCAACCCUGUACACGAGGCCAUUCAGAACACACCUUGUUUUUCCCCACAGUUCAUAAACACGAUCCGUGCUGAAUAUACAACGACCGGAGCAAACCACGCGGAGGGAGGUUGGCCGAAGGACGUCAAUGUCGUCGACCCCGAAGCAACUCAACGAUAUAGAAGAAAAAUCGAGAAAGAUGACACAUACAUACAUUGUGUUAUGUCGCUGUCUCCCGGGCUGGAACACUAUGUCCUCCAGAACAACGCCAUUGACAUGUAUCGCACAUAUUACGCGGAGAUGGCGUCUUUACCGCCCAUUGAGAAAAGCAGCUGUCGUACGGUGAACGUGUAUCGUGAUGUUGCUGCUGGUGGAGGCCGACCCAUCAGCUCUAUUUGCUGGCAGACGGAAGGUGGUCAUUGCUUUGCCGUCACUUACGUUGAUGUCGAUUUUAAUAAUAUUGCUCGGGCACCAGUAGAGUCGUAUAUAUGGGAUAUAGAAAACGCUAAUUAUCCGAUAUCCACGCUGAUUCCGCCGGCACCUCUGCUGGAUUUACAAUUUAACCCACGAGAUCAGAAUACAUUGAUCGGAGGAAUAAUGAAUGGACAAGUAGGUGUAUGGGACAAACGGCAACAUGGAGUCGCCGCUGGCUUGUGUGCGCCGCAUGUUGCACAUCGAGAACUCGUGCGGAAUGUACUUUACAUCAAUUCAAAAUCGGGUCAAGAGUUUUUUUCUGGCGGACCAGAUGGUGCAUGUAAAUGGUGGGACAUUCGUAAUCUGAAUGAACCGACAGACGAAAUGAUACUAGAUGUUGUGAAGUCAUCAUUCGAUGUCCAAACGAUGGCUAACGCAAACGGAGUCAGUACGUUGGAGUACGAGUCGACGAUGCCGACUCGAUUCAUGGCUGGAACUGAAAAUGGGUUUGUGAUUGGAGGAAACCGUAAAGGAAAAACAGCGAUGGAGAAAUUGCCUGCUAAGUUCGAAGCUCACUUGGGUCCUGUGUGGUCGUUGGAACGUAAUCCGGGUUUCCUUAAAAACUUUCUCACCGUCGGAGAUUGGACCGUCCGUCUGUGGAGUGAGGACUGCCGGGAGUCAGCCGUGCUCUGGUCUCCUCCUCACAGACAUAAAGUUACAUCGGCCGCCUGGAGUCCCACACGUCUGUCACUCAUGACUAUGAUGCAGUGGAAUGGUGUGAUGGCUAUAUGGGACCUACUCAGGCGGCAACAUGAGCCGGUACUCACAAUGCAAAUUUGUGAGGAGCCGCUUCUUAGAGUGCGCAUGCAUGACGGUGGGACUUUGGCCGCUUGUGGCAGUAAAAAGGGUAAUGUGUACAUGGUGGAGCUAUCACAGAAUUUAUCGCAGUCGGACAAGAACGACAAGGUUUUGCUCACUGCGAUUUUCGAGCGUGAGAGUAAGCGCGAGCGUAUCUUGGAAGCGCGCAUGCGUGAGUUCCGCCUGAAGCUGCGUCAGGCCGAGGAAGGCAGCCCCAUCGCCGUCGCCUCUGAAGUAGAUCUGACCGUCGGAGACAAGGACCUGGCCGAAGCCACCUCCGACUACAUGCAGCUCGUGAAGAAAGAACUCGCCGCCAUGUAG